AGAUGUGGUGGGGAUGGGAGUAGCAUUCAGUACUAAUAGUAGGGUUUCUCUUUUUUGCCACCUUCUCCCGCAGAUGUCUGCCGCCGUAAACCCACCACCACAACCCCUCUUACGCUGUAACGACGCAAAAAUCACCAUCUGAAUGCAUAAGACAUACGUAUAUUUGAAGCUAUUGCAUUCAUAGAGAAAGAGGGGAGGUGUGCUAAUUGAGGUUUUUUUUUUUUUUUUUUUUCUCAAUGGCGGCUGCGAUGAAUCCCUUAUUGGAGCAGCUCGGCUCUGGGAGGGAAUCGGAAAUGGAUUCGGCAUCGAAUUCAAAUCCAUCUACGACUUUGUUCCAUCGUCGGAUUGAGUUUCAUGCGGCCCGGAAGCCAUUUUCGGGCUUUACCGAGGGAGGAGAUAGUGGGUUUAAGCUCGUGACAUUAAACCCCAAUUCCAAUUUCAGCUCUAAUUCGGAGCCUAAAAAAGGUUGCUUUCUGUCGGGGAAGGCCUCGGACCAUUCGUUGGAGCUUAAUAGUAAUGGGUUGGAUCCGGAGCUCAGCUUCAGGAUUACAUUCAGAAGAAUUGUAAGAAUUUUCUUUUGAAAAGCUGAUGUUUUGAAUUUCCGAUGGUUCAGUUUAGGAAAUGCUGUAUCUUUAAGCUUUCUGUCUUCAGAGGCGUCGGUGUUUUGGGUUAAACGGCAUUUAUUCUCGAGGGCUGGAUUUUGUGGGAUCAAAUUUUUACGGGUUUCUCUUCUGCUUUAUUAAAAUUAUUUAUGGGUUUUGGAUGAUUUUUCUUAUCUUUUCAAAUUGAUCAUUUUUCUUAGCAUCCACUUAGUCGUUUUUUUCCGGCUUCGUUAGAAUAGACUUUUGUAAUCUGGAAAGCUUUGGUCUUUGUUAAACCUUUGUCGCAGAAGUUGGUUAGCUACCCAAAAUUUUUUAUGAGAAAAAUAUGUCAGUCUUUACUGUUAUUUUUUAAGUUUAUGUAUCUGUAGUGCCCUACUGAGCUUUCUCUUCAACAUUUUGGAUGCUUUAUGAAGUUAAACCUUUCAUCAAGGACCUGAAAAUUUGAAGUUGUUUUUUCUUUUACAACAAAAAAGGAGAAGCCUGUACUUAAAAAUCUUGGAUACCAUUGACAUUUACCUUAUAUUCACUUCCAAGUGAAUUUGGGUUUUCUGUUCAAGCUCAUGGAAAAUUACAACUGCCUAGCUGCAUUAUGAUGACAGGGUGCUGGAUUGCAAAAUCUUGGAAACACUUGUUUCCUCAAUUCGGUUUUGCAAUGUCUGACAUACACUGAGCCGCUUGCCGCUUAUUUACAAAGUGGACGUCAUAAAAAUUCAUGUCGUAUGGCUGGAUUUUGUGCCUUAUGCGCUAUUCAAAAUCAUGUCAGCCGUGCUUUGGAAUCAACUGGGAGGAUUUUGGCUCCAAAAGAUCUUGUAUCGAACUUGCGAUGUAUAUCAAGGAGCUUUAGAAAUGCUCGACAGGAGGAUGCCCAUGAAUACAUGGUGAAUUUGUUAGAAUCAAUGCAUAAAUGUUGCCUACCUUCUGGAAUGCCGAGUGAGUCACCUACUGCUUAUGAGAAAAGUUUGGUCCAUAAGAUAUUUGGCGGUCGUCUACGUAGCCAGGUGAAAUGCAUGCAGUGUUCCUUUUGCUCAAAUAAGUUUGACCCCUUUCUGGAUCUGAGUCUAGAAAUAAAUAAGGCAGAUUCAUUGCAUAAGGCUUUAGUUCAUUUUACUGCUUCGGAGCAAUUAGAUGGAGGGGAGAGGCAGUAUCAAUGCCAGCAAUGCAAGCAGAAAGUCAGGGCUCUUAAGCAGCUAACUAUUUACAAGGCACCUGAAGUUCUUUCUAUCCACCUGAAGCGUUUUGGUUCUUUUCGAGGCCAGAAGAUUGACAAAAAAAUACAGUUCGGCCCUACAUUGGACUUGAAGUCUUUUGUUACUGGUCCUUAUGAUGGAGAUCUAAAAUAUACACUGUAUGGCGUGCUCGUACAUGCUGGUUGGAGCACUCAUUCUGGCCAUUAUUACUGCUUUGUUCGCACGUCGAGUGGCAUGUGGUACUCCCUUGAUGAUAAUCGGGUUUAUCAGGUUAGUGAAAAGACAGUUUUGGAGCAGAAGGCUUACAUGUUGUUUUAUGUCCGUGAUAGAACAUUUUCCCUCUCAAAGAAAACCAGUACAUUACGCCAAGACAGUAUGGCUAUGUCAAGCAGAAAUGCCUCGUCUAUGUUUAGUCAAGGACUAAAGGCAAGUACUACAAACGGAAUAAUGGUGAAUAAGUUGAAGGAUACCCUAUCUGCUGAAGUUGCUAAAAAACAAGCACCGAAUCCUCUUAUGGUGACAAAGGAAUUACAGCUAAAAAUGGAUCCUCAUCCGGGUAGUAACUGCCCCACUGCUCAAGUGAGUUCUCAUCUGAAUAGUAAUGGCUCCACAGCUCAAGUGGGUUCUCAUCUGAAAAGUAAUGGCUCCACAGCUCAAAUUGGUUCUCAUCUGAGUAGUCAAACGAAUUCUUGUCAGGAUAGCAAUGGCCCUACACCCAAAGUGGAUUCCCAUCAGAAUGGUAAUCUCCUGACAUCUCCAACAUGCUCAUUUUCUUGCAAAGAACAACAUACAGAAAAUUUGUUGAAGGUCUCGGCAACAGUUGGCUUGGAGAAAGGGUUGUCAAUUUCAAAAUUGAAAGUUGAUGAGCCCUCAUUGCAAACUGUUCUGUCUUUGAAGGGAUCUGGUUCUGUUGAAUUUUCAAAUUCUGCAAACAAGAGCAGUUGCACCAGUAAUGGUCUUACGGUUCCUAUUACUGUUCAGCAUGACUGUGAUGGUCUUUGCUAUUCUCCAAGCAAGAAUGAGAAUGCCUCUGUAACACCAUCAAAUGCUGAUAACCUCAAAGCAGAUCCCAUGGGAGAUCCUUGUAGUGUCACUGAUAGACCAUCAAACUUAAAUGUACAGCAUGCCAGUCCACGAGAUGCAUCUCAUCCGACGGAUAAUGAUGUUGAAAAGGUGGGUGGUUUCUCAAAGAGCACUGGUACUGCUGAUCCGUCUGUUCGAAAAGCUGAUGACAGUGUUGAAAAUAAAUCAUGUCUGUCCAAAACACAUAACGGUUUGGUUCGUGGAAAGUCUCUAUAUAACAAGCUCAGUGCUGUUAAACUGAAGCCUCUGAAACGCUGUCUACCCGCCCGGAAAAUGAGCAAAAGUAUCAUUUUUGGAGCAGCCUUUGGACGUAGAAAGAAGUUAGACAGGCGUGAACGCUAUACCUUAAUGAAGUUGGACGGUGAUAGUCUUCAAACAGAGCUAAGGUCAUUGACUUCUGAGAAAUCGGCAGGUUCCUCGCUGAAGAGAUUGAAAUGUGGUUCCCAUGAGAAAGAUAAGAUUUUAGGUAAAAGGAAACUUACUGAUAAUGGUGACAAGCUGAAGGGCAGCAAAGAUGUAAAUAGAGAUAAUAUUGGUCAGUGUUGCAAAUCGCUGGCCACAAGUACAGAUGUGGGGAUGACUUCUUCUGUUACCCUGGGUGUAAAGUCAGUUGAUGCUGUAAAGUCCGGUGAUUCAAAGUGCAACAAACGAGAAUCUGAGGAAAAUGGUUUCAUAAGUAAGCUCACCAGAGAUAUACAAGAGACGACCGUUGCCCGAUGGGAUGAUGUGGAGCAUCCUUCUAGUUGUGUAGAACCCAAAAGCAAGGAUCUGACAAUUGGUUAUAUUCCAGAUGAGUGGGACGAAGCAUACGAUGCUGGAAAAAGGAAGAAGAUUAGAAGUGCCAAGAUCGUUUUUGGUGGUUCCAAUCCUUUCCAGGAAAUUGCAAUGAGAAAAGCCAAGGCAAAGAAAGGGAAGCUGGACAAAUAUAGCUCAGCAAACCAGCCAUUCAGGAUACAAUGAUGGAACGACGAAUAAUAUUUUUUAGAAUUUGUCGAAUUGAAGGUGAGUGUAUCCAUAACAGCGGCGUGUUUGCAUUUUUUGGGCAUAGAUUUUUUACUCGCUUGCCAAGCAGAAGAGAGUGGUUGACGCUUGACACGAAUAUGUAUUGAGAAGUAUCCUAAUUAUUAUUCUAUUUACUCUAGUGUUUGUUUGUUGAUAGUUGGCAGAAGUUGUAUUCUCUAUGUUUGAUCUGGAGUGGAGUAACACACCAGCUUCCGGGAUAGCUGGAUUUCAAAGUAACUUAUGUGUAUGUACUUGGGGAAUUGAUUCUGAGUGAUUAAACUCAGCAUCUCAUCCUAAAGUUUUGUUUAGUUUUUAAGUACUUUGUUUCAUCGUAGCCGUAAUGUUUGUUUUCUUUUUAAUGAAGUGACCAUCUUCUCAAAGGGCUAAAAAAACAUGGCCACCUUGUGGUCACUUCGGGGACCAUAAAGAGUAUAUCUGUCUGAGACAAUCUAGGAUGGUGAUUAAUAUUAACUAACAAAACCAACCGUCACAUGUGCUGUUUUGCAUAAGUUUCUCUUAUAUAACCCAAG